AUGCGCACCUCUACUUUGACCUCCUCAGUUCUUGCUGUUGGACUUGCAUCCGCCAAUCGUAUUGCUGCCCGUGACAAUAGCUCGGUCUGGGUAACAGAAGUGCCCGAUUAUGUCCGUCCCUACGCAAUCGCGCACUAUGAUGCAUCGGGCUGCGUGAUUGGCAACCAGGUUUACCGUUUCCCGGUGACGGGCCCAUCUUCAGGGUAUGCCUUUUCUCUGCUCGCGACAAACGCGCCAGGGUCAACUGAUUUGGGAGUACUUCCUCAUAUUCAUGAAAAGCACUACGAGAACUUCUUCAAUCUCAAAGGUCGCUAUCAGCUUUGGACUGGGAAGGAUGGAGACGAGGAGACAAGAGUCUUGACCGCAGGGGAUUACGGAAGUGUACCAAUUAACACAACGCAUACUUUCCAAGUUCUCGAUCCGGACACCGAGAUCGUCGGAAUUAUCCAACCUGGAGGAUUUGAAGAACUGUUCUACGCUCUCGCAGACUCCAAUUGGACCUCAGCUUCCUCGGGGACCCAGCCCCCUUACGAUCCUCUCAUCGUCGUCAAUGGCAGUAGCUCUCCCCCUGCUUCCGUCCUUAACGCCCUUGAGUCAUUCGACGUCUAUGCUCAAUUUGACUUCGUGCCCCGUAGGGACGCCGUGAAUGGUACUGCACCAACAAACACGACUUGGCACACGGGUACAAACAAACUCGGCGCUCAAGGCUCUCCAUACUACGUCGCCAAGGACUUUGGACCAAAGUACAUCAACGAUGCCGCCGGUUACCAGAUCAUUCAGCCAUUCGUUACGCCAGUGCAAUCCGGUGGCGACUUCUCUUUGUCAACCAUCACGCUCGACCGCAAGUUGUCCAACAUCACUAUCCCAACAUCACAAUUCACCGGCCAUGCGGCUUUCGAAAUUAUUGAGGGUAUGGUGACGGUUGAGUUGCAGGGCGAGACGUUGUCGCUCAUUCAGGGCGACGUUGUCUUCAUUCCCGGAAACACGACAUACAAGUACUAUAGUACUGUUAACUUCUCGAAGUUCUUGUUCAUUGGUGCUGGAGCCGAAGCAAUGGACACUCAGCUCAUCGCUAAUGGUGCUUCGUGGUCAUCUCCAGUUUGGCCUACGUAUGCUUAA